CCACCCAGCCUGCAGGUCAACUCAGACUGCAGGUCUCUAGCUUGUAUCCAGCCUAAGCGUCUCAGUGAAAGCUUCGAUUCGACCCCACACCACCGAUCAUGGCUACACGAGCAGGUGGAAAGCUCAAACCACUCAAGGCUCCGAAGAAGGAGAAGAAGGAGCUCGACGAGGACGAUCUUGCAUACCAGCAGAAGAAGAAACAGGAGGAGUCCGCCCUGAAGGCAGCCAAGGAUAAGGCUACAAAGGGCGGUGCGCCUGGAGGGGGUAUCAAGAAGUCGGGGAAGAAGUAAUCGAGGUUAUGGCUUCUCCAUGUUGUUGUCUCAAUACUGUAUUCGUGUCGCUCGCAAUUGCAUCGCUUUCCGAGAA